CUUACCUUAAAAGCAAACACAAUACUUAGAAAAAAAUCAGAUAAUCCCAAAUGUGAAUACGCAUAAAGGGAGACAUUAUUUAUUUAUUUAUCUAUUUAUUUAUAUAUCUACAAAUAAGAUCUUAUUAACACUAUGGGCCUACGAGCCAGAACAAAUUUAUACUCGGUGAUAUAAAGCUAACUGAUUUCAUUUAACUAACAGAACGAUUGUUACAAUAGAAAAAGGGACAUUGGAACAUUUAUGAUGAGGAUAUUCUCGGAUAUUAAAAUUGUUCCAAAAAUGAAAGUAUUAAGUGAUACAGAAAAAUUGGACAUAAUCAAACAAGAGCAUAAAAUCUUGGUCAGUACACCCAGGAAUGUAGUCACAGCCUCUCAUGAGAACAAUACAGUUACAUUGGUGCUUUGUCUAUCAGGAGCGACGGUGCUGAUAGCUUCACUCUUGCUUGUUGCCUUUCUUAUAUUAAUGAAACGUAGAAGAUGCCGGAAAAACCUAAAGGCACUCAAAUACGACAACAUGUUUACCACAUUGUCUCGACCGGUCUACUCUGUCGUCGGAACUCGGCGUCAACUAAGUGCACCGAAUUCCCGGACGAGUUACAGUUCAUUCGAUGAAACUAAGGAGAUUAAAGUGACCGAUUUAGAGCUUUCACAAUACCGAGAAAGUAAGUCGCGUCAAAAUAAAGACCAUCUUAAGAAAUACCCAAGCUUAGACGGCCAGAGCAACAAGCCGGCAUCAAAAGGAAUGAAAAGGUCGAAAUCCAUGGUUGCUAGGCUAUCAAUGGAAGAAGUUGAGAAUGUAACCAUAUCUUUUUCACUCAAAUACUCACAGAAGUUACGGCAGUUGCGCCUUAAAUUGUUACGCAUGAACGAUUUGCCUCUCAAAUGCUACGGGUAUGACAUUUACGUCAUCGUGUAUCUGUUUCCGAGAAGUACAGACGGGGUCCACAGUCGUAGUGUCGUCGGAGGGAAGGAACUAAUUCUUAACGAAACAUUUUUGUUUGACGACAUCAUCUUAGCGGAAGUUGAUAAGUCGACGCUCAGAUUGGUUCUUAUGUACAAAAAGAAGACGAGAUCGGGGAAAGAUGGUUUCCUUGGUGAAACCUACAUGGAAUGCAGUGACGUCGACUGGAGCAGCGAGGCACCUUUACAGUUCGACUGUGAAUUAGAGAAAAAUAAAAUCAGAAAUGGUACACGGGAGAAAUAUUUAUUAGAGGACCUGGGUUCGUUAUUUGUUUGCCUAGAAUACCAAUCCGUGGCUAACCGGAUGAAGGUGAUGAUCCGGAAAGCCAGUGACCUACCAAAGUCAGACAAACUCAUCGGUAGACCAGUUCACUAUGUGACAAUAGCUUUGAUGAAGAAUAACGAAGUAAUCAAAACGCAAGAAACCAAAUCACAAAGCGGAUAUUGUCCAAUAUGGAAUCAGCCAUUUUUGUUUGAUUUGAGCGGAAGUGAUGUAAAUGAAUACAGCCUUGACUUUGUGAUUAUGCGCGGGAAGUUGCAUACAAAAGACACCGUUGUUGGUCACGUGACUAUAGGUCCUAAUGGAUGUAGAAGCGGUAAAUUGCAUUGGAAAGAGACAAUUUCUCCGAGACCGGCUGAUACGGCAAAGUGGCAUUCAAUUGCACCAGUGUUAGGUUCAAAACCGGCAACAUCAUAAGAUAUGUCCACGAAACUGCUCAUAGUUGUUACGUCUUUGAAGGGCAAAACAAAACGUUGCAAGAAACGAAAGAUAUUGUGUUCAAGUUUUGGUAUUUAUGAAAAGACACGGUCUGCUGAUUUCUCGGGUCGAUAAAUUAUUUAUAUAUGUAUGUUAUUUAUGGACACUUGUGUUUGAGUUUUUAUCCGGUUGUCUUCAACUGGUUGUCAGAACAUUGCUUCAUUUAAAGCGACGCUGAGUUACAGAUGUAAUAUAGAUAUGUUCAGUAUUUUACAAAUGCCUGCUAUAUGAAAUGUUGUCGGAAACUGAUCUGUUAAAAAUUAGUAGUCAAAAUGUUACUGUAAAGAUAUGUUGGUAGUGUAUUAACAAGAUUUUUACCCUUCGGAAAUGCACGGUACAAUCACCAUUAAAUGUUGACAUAGCUUAAGCAAAUUUUAAUUUUCAAUUCAUUUUUUCUUCAAAUUUAUUUACAUUUAAAAGAAAAUGAAAAAAAAACAACACAUUUUUAGAAUUGAUGAAAAUAACAUAGGAUCUUAUUUUAAUCAAAACCUCAUAAUGCAAUGCUUUUAGAAUAGAACGAUUCUUAAACGAUUUUUAUUUAAUGUCAAAAUUUUUUUUUGAGAACUGAAUCAACUGGACUUAAGUCAUCAAAGGUACAACCAUGUUUUUUAUAUUUUUUUUAAGUUGAGCAUAUAUCAAAGUUAUAGAGAUAAUGUUCGGUCUGACAUGGAUACAAUAAAAUUGAUACCUCAUUGCAAAUCUUAACCAUGUUAUUUUUUUUCAUUUUAUGAUUUCGACUGCUAUGCGUUCGCAAAGAAGGUCUUUCAAUUAUUCUUUAUGUUUACUUUUUUCUUCGUUCUGUGAUUUGUGUAUUUUUAUUCAACGCGUGAUUUGUACAUGAAACAUAAUGUGCUGUUUAACAGGCCUAUACAUCAAGUGAUCUGUUUUAAUAGUCACAUGUCAACAGCCUAUCACAUGAUUUGUGUAUGUGGUUCAAAAUCAUUUUUUCAUAGUUUAUACACCACCGUGAUUUGUUUUUUUAUUCUCAUAUACUGUUAACUGCCUUUAUAUAACUUGAUUAAUGUACAUUAUUUAAAGGAAUGUAUUUGUUAAGAGCAAACAGUUUGUUAAUCAUGCUCCAUUGUAUAAAAGUUGUACAGUGGUUUAAAGCCAUGUGAUCAAGUGAAAGUUCAACAACACCCUUGUUUAAACCUUCCUACUUUAUGUGCAUGCAAAGAGUAAACGGCAAUGGAUUAAUAUUAUAAUAAUCUAAGAAUUCUUGAUUGAUUAAAAAAAACAUAUAUUUUUGCUAGCACAUUUUUAUACAAAUACAAAAUGGACAUAUCAAAAAAAAUACCGGUUUUUCGUGCGAGAUUUCUCUUACAACAUGCAAGCCUUUUCUUUACAAUUUAAUUUUGUUUUAACCAUACCAUUAUCUCAGUAACAACCACUUUUUAAUGUUGACCAUUUUCUAAGAACAAUCUAUGUUUCUAUAUGCUGUAAUCUUCGCAAGCUCAAAGUUAACUGUUAAAAGUUAUAGACGGAUUUUUAAGGUCGUCGUUAACUUGCUAACAGUAGCCCUUAACUGUUGUUCGUUCGAAUCCCUAUAUGGAAUUUGGUUAUUUUCAUAAGAUGGUUAUUUUCAUUACAAAGAAACUUAAGGAAUACCGCUAUAUUUAAUUCAGGUGUCCUUUCAUCUUUCGAAUAAUUUACAUUGUGGCAUCUGAACUCUUCCUCCAUUUAAUAGUAAAGCUGGAAAGUGUCUGUGUGACUUAAAAACCCGAUCAAGAUUCCUUGAAACAGAUCCUACCUUAAUACCAAAGUAACUUUUUCUAUAUGCAAGUUUGUUAAGAAAUAUUUUUUAUCUGCUAACCUAUUGUUGAUUUAAUUUUGGUGCUAUCUGUCGGAUAAAUAUAUCUUUCAUAUACAGUUAAAACAGUAAAAAAACACAGACAAUUGUUUCACAUUCCCGAUAGUACUAAAUAAAAAUAAUUGUACACACAAACAUCUCAAUAUAUUUAACAUUACCACACCAUAAAUCUUUAAUGUACUUUUCCAUCUUUCAUUUCGGACAGUCAUUCGUCAUUUUUGGGAACAUUUCAAAACAUUUACGGACUUAAUUGCUAACGGUGUAGGCACAGGUGUUCCGCCAAAUCUUGGACUGCAGUGGUCGCAUUGGUGAAAUCAGUCACCACCAGUAGACUCAGUUUAUUUCGUAUUACUUUGAAAUUCCGGCAAACAUUGCGCGCAAGUUAUGUUCAAAGUAAUCAACAGCUUUCGGCUUAAAUCAAAAUAGAACGGAAUGGCGAUAGAUAUGCUCUGCAAUCCCAGUGCAUGUAAAAUUGUAACUAGAUAGAGAUGUUUAUUUUUGUAGCUUUUGAUAAACUGGUAAUACUUGUUACAUAUGUCUCGUUUUAUAAAGUUUGUUGCAAUAAAAUUUGUUGAA